AUGGCUGUUAUUCUUGCUAAUCAAGUUUUGCCCCGUCAAAUCGAUCCAUAUUAUCUAUCAGAUGAAUUUUCACAUAAAUUAGAAAAAUAUCACAAUGCACUCAUUCGAGGACUUAUGUAUUCUGACAAUUUGAUUUCUUCCAACUGUCAAGAACUCAUUUCGAAGCAAUUUUUAAUCGAACAAGGCAAAUGGAGUGAUUUAAUCGGAAUGUUAAAUCAAAUAGCUGUUUCCGAUGAUUAUAGUCUGCAAGUCCGUGCUAAUUCUAUUACAACAUUCCAAAAAAUUCUCGAAACAGGACCUCCUUUAGAAGUUUUACAGGAGUAUGGCGUAAAUUUUGUUGCAACUCUAUUAGAUUACCUUGCUGCAAACUCAUCUGAAACCAAUUUUUACAAAUCUGUCAUAGAAACUCUGAAAUUUGCGAUUCCAAUUUUUAAUAUAAAAAAUUCACAAGAAGAAUUUCAGAAAUAUUUUCAAAUAAUUAUCGGUGCCAUUGCAAAUCACGAAGAUCCAAUGAGAAUUACUGAUCUUUUUUCUUUAUUUUCAAUUUUAUGCACAAAUUGUUAUGUUUUUAUGGCUGAUUGCGUUGAAGAGCUUAUGAAGAUACUUACAGCAUCAUUAGAAGCACCAAAUAAAUACUAUAUCUUCGGAGCAAUUAAUUUCAUUGAUGAAUUUUCAAAAUUUGAGCAAUCUCUUGUCCAAGAAUCGAAUAAACAAGCCAAAGGAUUCAGAAGGAAAACAAUUGUAAUGCAUAAUAUCUCAGAUUUAUUUAUUGAUCAGUUUAUUUCUCCAAUUAUCAGCCAAGUCGUUCCAAAUGUUAGUGAACAAUGUCCGGAUACUAUUGAAGACCAUAUUUGCUUUGUAUACUGCGACAUUAUUAGAAAUAUGUUGAAAAUUAAUCCAGAAAAAAUAUCAAAUUUAGUUAUUUCAUUUAUUUCUGAAAAUAUAUCAUCAUCUGAAUGGUAUAUUCAAUAUUUCAACCUUCUCCUCAUCAAAUCUGUUACUUCUUCUGAUAUUUCUAGAGAAUCUCAAGGAUAUUUGUCUGAAUUUCUCUCCCAACAGUUAGAAUAUCUUACAGCAGUUGCAACUAUGCCAAUACCUUUAUUGGCAGUACAAUCUGUAAUAGAUAUCAAAAGAAUUAUGAAAAAUUAUGGAAUUUGGACAAGAAUUGACGAAAGUAUUGAAAUUAUCAUGAAAACUCUUGAGCAAUGUUCACAAAAUGACUAUAAAGUUAUCAUAGAAUGCUGUAAUUUGAUUAAAAUGAUGGCUUGUUAUGAUAUUAUUAAAAAUCAAAACUCAUUGAUAUCAAGAAUCUUCAUAAAAAGCUAUCAGAUACUUCAGAUGUACUUAGAAGUGAAUAAUGAGUACUCCGAUGAUAUCCAAAUCGCUUCUUACAACACAAUUUGUAUUUUGAUCGAAGAAGCUCCAACAAUUUUCCAUGAAUGCUUCGAAGGAAUCAAGACUUCGGCAAUAGAAGGCAUUAUGUCCCAAAAUACCAAUACUUUGACGAAGAUUUCCUUUAUUAAUAUAAUUUCUUCGCUCGCGAAAGCAGAAUACAAAGGUGUCUUGGAUGAUGCUCCAUUUAUUAUUGAGAAACUAUUCGAAUGCAAUGUAACAGGUGACAAUAAAACUGAUGAAAUUUGUUUAUCUGCAAUUGCUCAAAUAAUAAUCGUCGUGGGCGACCAAAUACAUGACGAUAACUUAAUCGAUAAGCUCAUUGAUAAUAUUAAGAGAAUAUUUGGCUACGAAUCCCCUUCUGCUACGAAAGAAGCAAUUGAUGCUUUAAGUGACUUAAUGAGGAAGUUCCCACAGAACAAAACAUUAUUAGCUGAAAAAGAAGAUAUCACUAAUUCACUUGUUUCCUUCAUAAAAAGUGAUAAUUCAAAUUCGAAUAUUAUUGUAUCGGCAAUGUAUUGUUUAGGUGAUAUAAUGAAGUUCAGUGGUGUUCCUGAAGACAUUGCACUUGAAAUUGCCAAAAUUGUUGUCGAAUAUCAAAUUAAAUUUUUCGAAUUAAACACAACAAGCAAAGAAACAAUGCAAGAAGGUCAUUAUUUCAUUGCUUCUGCUGUUUCUUGCAUUCUUGGAUGUGUUAUUUGCUCAACUUCUCAAGAGAUUCUUUCAGAACUGUUUCCUUUGAUUAUACAAACAAUAACUGUAUUCAACAAACAAGAAGUGUUCGAAUACAAUGAAUUGGCUUUCUUCCUUGAACUGGUAAACGCUGCGGCAGAGAAAUACAGAGGAAAACUUUCAAAAGCAGUGAUGAAGAAAGAUUUCAGAAAAGCAUUGAAGAUGUGGGAGUCAGGAGAAUUCCUCACUAUUCAGAAGUGGAUGCCCCUCAAAAAGAAAAUGCAGGAUAGAGCCUCUCAAGUCUAUGAAAUGCUUCUGACUAUUAAUUAA